GCGGAAGCAGUGUGGGUUUAUUGUGGUUUAACUUGACGCUGGUGCCGGACAGCUUCCACACUGGACUCGGACUGAGCCGGACUGUAGUUCCUGUGAUGCCCCAGAGCGGGCUGAGCUGGUCGGGGUUGCGAUGCCUUACGUGGACCGACAGAAUCGCUUCUGCGGCUUCCUGGACAUCGAGGAGAAUGAGAACAGCGGCAGGUUCUUGCGCCGUUACUUCAUCCUGGACACUGAGCAGGGCAGCCUGCUGUGGUACAUGGAUAACCCCCAGAAUCUGCCCAAAGGUGCAGGAAAUGUGGGCUCUCUCAAUCUUUCCUACAUCUCCAAGGUCAAUGAUGCCACCAAACAAAGACCAAAGGCAGAGUUCUGCUUUGUUAUAAAUGCAGGAAUGAGGAAGUUUUACCUACAGGCCAACGACCAGCAGGAUUUGGUAGAAUGGAUCAGUGUUCUCAACAAUGCCAUCAAGAUUACUGUGCCAAAGCCUGGCGAGGGCCACAACACCCACGCAGAGACUCCCCAGGAGCUGCUUGGAACCGUGAAACAGGUCUCCUACAAAACUGAGAUCAUCGGAGGAGUCCCCAUCAUCACGGCCACUCAGGAGCAGGGAGAGGGGCACAAUGGAGCUGAUCGUGGAGGCGUAAAGCGGGCUCAGAAUCAAAUGCCCUACUUCCUGUCCAGAGGAGCGCAGGAUCAGGCCAUCAUCAAAGCGGGAUACUGUGUGAAACAAGGAGCUGUGAUGAAGAACUGGAAGAGGCGGUACUUUGUCCUGGAUGAAAAUUCUCUCAACUACUACAAAACUGACAUGGAGAGGGAGCCGCUGAGAGCCAUCCCGCUGAAGGAGAUCCACAAAGUGCAGGAGUGCAAGCAGAGCGAGCACAUGAUGAGGGACAACCUGUUCGAGAUGGUCACCAGCUCAAGAACCUUCUACAUACAGGCUGACAGUCCAGAGGACAUGCACAGCUGGAUUAAGGCCAUCUCAGGCGCCAUCGUGGCCCAGCGCGGUCCCGGGCGCUCCGCUAACACUGAGCACAGUGACCACUCCCCUUCCACCUCCACCUUCUACCUCCCAGUCGAUGAGGAACCCCAAGACUCGCAGUCCCCAGAGAGUGCUCAGCCUCGCUCUGGACACGCGCCAUCGGGACAACUUCCUGGGCCUCCUCCCCUGGAGGCUGAGCGGGGUCCAGUCCGUGAUGGUGCCCCUUCCCCCGGCGCGCUCCCGCCUGUCCCUGCAGGAGACGCUGCAGCCUUCAAAGUGAAAGAGGAGGACAAGCCGGCGUGGGGAAGCCCCAGCGGCGUCUCCGGGUCCCAGCUCCUCCUGGCUGAGGAUCAAGAUGUGCACAUAACCCUGUUCUGACAAACUCUAAUGGACACACACACACACACACUUGUGCACACUGUCAGACUCUGCGUGUCCUGCUGAACCUCCUGGGACCAGUUCUUUGUUUUGUUUUUUUGGGAUGGGACCUUCCUCCGCUGUUUUCCCUUCUCCUUGUCUUCCCUUGUAUCCUACAGUCUGUCACUCCAGGCAAACGACAAACACGGCUUGCUGUUACACGUUUCAGUGGCGCCGCGACUCUCACUUCCUGUGAUGCACCAAAGUUUGUGUGUUUGCUUCCAGCAGCAUGGAAGACUGACUGAGAGACUGACUAAUCCCACAUCUCGGUGUUUUUCAUUUUAAACUCGCGCAGAGAAGCUCGAGGUCCAGAUUCACUGAGCAGAGGUCGCUGAGCGGCCAGCUUUCAUGAGCAGGUUUCCAGAGGUCACGCUUACUGAAUAUUUCCCGUCGUCAGUGAUGGAAAAAUGUGUCAUUUUCUUAGAUUAGAAAAGAUGCUGGUCUGUCUCUUUCAUAAGACAGCACUGAACACAAGUCACGCAGCAGGGUCAUGCAGGCAUCUGUGUCCGCCACGGGUGAUCCUGCUGCAGGGAAAGUCCCGCAUUGAGAAACUUUGGGUGGCUUCUGAUCCCUGAAAUGCAGAAGGACGGCCUAGCCUUGAGAAUAAAAUAAUAGCUGUUUGUCUGAAGGAAAAUAGAGGAAAUACGCCUCUGCAGAAGCCUCCCCCGAUAGAUUUGAUUAAGCUUCCAGCUUUAGUUCAUUUACUUCAUAUUUGGUCACCGCGACUACAGUGCUUUAGAGCCUCUGCGAUGAAAGACAAUCAUCUGCUUCAUGUUUGCUAUGGAAGAUUUAAAGCUCUUUAAUGAAGCAGGCAUUCCCAAAGUGAAGUGUGCUGCAGCCCGUUUAAAGACGGGAAACUCACAUGGAGCACGCCCAAUCUUAAAUCUUCACCAAAAAUCAAAAUACAAGUGAUGUAUUUGCUUAAAAAUUAUAUUUAAAAAAAAAAUACAAAAAUCAAAUUGGCUCCAAUGUGUGAAACUUCAGCACCGAGCAGUAAAUUCAGGUCAGAGUAAUGAGUGAUAUCACUAACUGGCCAUGUCAUAUUAGCAAUUUUAAAUCACUUGUUAUAUAAAGAAAUACAUUUAUAUUAAUAUGUGACUGUACAUACUGUAGCACCUCUGGAGUCCACCAGGGGGCGCACACUUUCGGAAUGACUGUAAUAAGAAUUCAAAUAACUGGUAAAUUUAGGCUAUGAUGGAACUUCCGUUUGUCAAGUGUGUCGUGACCUCUGUUUGCAGCGUUUCCACCUCCUUUUUUAAGCGCUUAUUUAACCAAAGAAGUUUAUUUGAAAGCUGCAGUCAGUGAAGGUUUAUUUCAGUUUCUCAUCACCGUCCUUCGAGAACGCUGCUAACGUCUGUGAGGUUACUUCUUCUUUCCAGCAUGCUAACUGGUAUCUCCAAACCAGCAAGCUUUUUUAUUUGUCUCUCAGCACCAGCACGUUACCAGUUAGCUUGCUAAGUAGCCGCCAAGGUGCUCCAAACAUCAGCAAGACUCCAGUGCAGCUUUGAAAGAAAGAAAAGCGCCUCUGGUGGUAAAACGCGUCGCUCUGGCCUGUUUUAAGCGAGUGAAGCCUGAUCAAGGAGGUGAAAAAUCUAAGAUGGGCUUUAACAGAAAGCUUCUGCUGUCCUUUGUUUUUAUCCAAGGUCAAGUCCUUCUCCUGGCUCUGUUGGAGGCCUCCAGCUGUUCAAAAACGAGUUUCUCUCCGUUUAUUUGCUUGUAGGGGAUUGUUUGAUCGUCUGGGUUUUAUCUUAAAGCGCCUUGAGAUGGCUUGAUGUGAAUCGGUGCCUCUUACUUUGAUUCCUGUUCAUGUUAUCUGAUCCUCAGACUUGCACAUAAGCCUAAAAUUCAACCAUGAUUACUAAAUAACCCUGAAGCACCCGAGGCUUUGUCGACUUUUGUGCGUCCACAGAGUUUAAGUCUUCAGACGUUUACGCCUCUGAAUCCUGCGGUUGGGAAUCUUUGCUCUGGCGUCAGGACUGAAAACGUGCUCGGCUGUUGAAACUGCAGCGGCUGUAAUUAGUGAGAUCGCACAGCGCUCUUUAUCUCAGUUCUGUCCAGUUUCAGCAGUGAAUUUAAUUUCUUAUUAAUAAAGCCGAAACCUUCCAUCUGCGGUCCAGUUGCUGCUUUGCCACAUUUCCAGAUUUAUCAUAUUUUUUUAAAAUCCAAAAGAGAAAAUGAGUCUGGCUGAAGCUGUGUUCAGACUCCAAGUGUGACUGUUGCUUCUGUCCUCUCCCUCACUGCACAUCCGCGCCGCUGUACUGCUUUCUAACUGAUGCCGUAUUUGUUUCAGUCUUUGGCUGUAAGAUGUGGGGACGUGAAACCAAACUGGACGUGUAAAUGAGACUCUAACGCUCGGCGGCAGGUUUUCGUUCCUCUCGGCGUCCGGCUGCGAGCUCUGGUUGUGGGUGUUUCUUUUUCUUCGGUUUCGAUGUGCUUUUAGUUUCUAUGAUGAUAUUAUUUACCGUGAUGAAACAUAUAUGUUGUUUACUGAGUUUUUUUAAACACGUGUGCGCGAGUGCACGCACACGGCCCUCCUUCCUGUUGUUCCCCGUUCACCAUAAGCUGGUUAAAGUGCCUGCCUUGUUCUUACUAAGAAAAAUGAUAUAACGAUGAGCUCUUUUGACCCUUUUUAGUGUGAACAUGAUUCUAAAAACAUGUACUCUAUUUAUUAAAAGAAAUUUGGAAUAA